AAGUAGAUCAAUUGCAAAACAGCUGGUGGCUUGGAAAAGCAAAACAAGUCACUAGAGAGUAAAACAAACAAAACAUGUCAUCCUUAGCCACUUCUAACCUUUUUAAACCAAUCCAAGUUGGGGACGUUAUCCUCAAAACAAGAUUGGCACACGCUCCCACUACAAGAAUCAGAGCUUCCAAAGAUGGUGUUGCAACCGAUUCCAUGUUAGAGUAUUACUCGGAGAGGGCUAAAAACAAUGGUGGGUUAAUUGUGUUUGAAGGAACUUCACCGAGAAGAGAUUUUGGCUGCAUCACAAAUCAGCCAAUUUUGGAAACAAAGCAACAAGUUGAAGCGCAGAAGAAGAUAGUUGAUGCCAUUCAUAGCAACGGCUCAUAUGUUACUUCCCAGUUAGCUCAUUACGGUAGAGUUUUAUCUCCUCAACUUGCAAAGUUGUUCAACAUACCCUUUGUUGGACCUUCUGCGAUCUAUCUCGACGAAGCAAGUGAAAAAGCCGCAAAAGAGGAAGGCGUUGAGCUGAAAGAGUUAUCAAAAGACGAAAUUAAGAAUAUUGUCAAAGAAUUUGCAAAUGGUGCCAAGAGAGCAAUAAACGAAGCUGGUUUUGACUUCGUGGAAGUUCAUGGUGCUUAUAUGUACUUACUUGAUCAGUUCAUCCAAACCUCUGCUAACCAAAGAACAGAUGAGUAUGGUGGGUCAAUCGAAAAUAGGGCAAGGCUCUUGCUAGAAGUUAUUGAUGCUUGUAUUGAAGCAGUUGGGGCAAAGCAUGUGGCCGUCAGACUUUCUCCAUACAUGGAGUACCAGGGUGGUUUAGGGAAGGACUCAGAGAUUAACCCUAUUGUCAUUUGGGGUUACAUUUUGAGCGAAUUACAGAACCGUGCAGACAAAGGUAACGAGUUAGCCUAUAUUUCCAUUGUUGAACCUCGGGCCCAAGCUGAUAAGGAAGCCGAUGAAACUUACUUUAAGAUUGAUUUUUCGUGGCCACGCUUGCUCUGGAAGGGGGUUUUGUUAAGAACAGGUGCAUUCCUCGAUCUGGAAAAUCAGGAAAAGUUUGAACGUAGUAUCAAUGGUGACGACAAACUGCUCAUUGGUGUUUCCCGUUACUAUACUUCAAACCCUGAUCUUGCAAAUAGACUGAAAGAAGGCUUCCCAUUGACUCCAUAUGAUAGAAACACUCUUUACAAAGCAUUUUCAAAUGAUGGGUAUUUGAAUUUCCAAGCCUAUGGUAAGGAGCAAGAUCACACGAAGGAUGACGUUGAGCCAAAGCCAUUGGCCUAAUAUUCAAAUUUGUAUAAGUUGUGCAAUUAUUUUAACAGCCG